UUUGUGAUUUUUUCGAUUUUGUCAAGAUGUAUCAUCCAGAUUUUUCAGCGUACGGCAGGCCAGCUAUGUUUUUCGAUCGCAGAGGGAAUUUGGUACAGCCACCAGUUUGGCACACACCCCAGUUUGUACAGCCACCGAUCCUCCAUCCCAGACAACAGUUUCAUCAGAAUAUUCCUGAUGAAGCUACCAUCAGUCUUCAUUACAAUAAUGUGCAGCAACCUAACGUCUAUGAAGUGAACGGUACCACCUAUUACGGAACUGCCAACAGUCAUAUGGCUUCAGCUUCGGCGAAUAAGCUCCACAGAAGACUUUUGCCUGAAGAAUGUGAAAAUGUCAAGGAUGAGAAAAGAAUCAGGAGGCACCACAAUGAUACUCAACGUCGGCAUUCAAGUUUUUACGGUAAGUCGACCACUCUGGAAUUACAAAAAUAAUGAUAUUAUGUAUGAUUAGAACCAGGAGGGAAAGUUCUUCAGUUCACAAGUUUCAUGCUUGUAACUAUUAGUUUCGAGACUUUUUGAAUUGGUCUCAAGACUUGAAAGAUUCAGGGUUCAAUG